GAUCGUGAACCACAACUAGCAUCAUAGAGGCACUGAACAAAAACAUCUUCUGUCACUUUUAGCGGCGGAGGAGAGCCGAUCGAAUCCAUACCUAAGCUCGGCCAUGGCGGUGGUGUCUACUUCUCUCGCAUCUCAGCUCUCAGCUAUCAGAUUGUCCACUUCCAAGUCCGACAUUUCUCAGACUCUGUUUCAGAACGUCCACUCACAAAUCCGCCUUGCAUCCUCCCGGAAAGGUUCCCGUGGUGUUGUCACCAUGGCCGGUUCCGGCAAGUUCUUCGUUGGUGGAAACUGGAAAUGUAAUGGUACAAAGGAAUCAAUAACCAAGCUUGUCUCAGAUUUGAACAAUGUAAAGUUGGAGGAUGAUGUUGAUGUUGUUGUAGCACCUCCAUUUCUGUACAUUGAUCAGGUGAAGAGCUCAUUGGCACCUAGGAUUGAGAUUUCUGCCCAAAACUCAUGGGUGAGCAAGGGUGGCGCUUUUACAGGAGAAAUCAGCGUUGAACAAUUGAAAGAUAUAGGCUGCAAGUGGGUUAUCCUUGGGCACUCUGAACGGAGACAUGUCAUUGGUGAAGAUGACCAGUUUAUAGGAAAGAAGGCUGCCUAUGCCUUGAGCGAGGGUCUUGGAGUAAUAGCUUGCAUCGGGGAAUUACUAGAGGAAAGGGAAGCUGGGAAAACUUUCGAUGUUUGCUUUCAACAAUUGAAAGCCUAUGCAGAUGCUGUUCCAAGUUGGGAUGGUAUCGUUAUCGCAUAUGAGCCAGUAUGGGCCAUUGGGACUGGCAAAGUGGCUACUCCCGACCAAGCACAGGAAGUGCAUGCAGCAGUUCGCGAUUGGCUUAAGAAGAAUGUAUCACCAGAAGUGGCUUCUAAAACACGGAUUAUUUAUGGAGGAUCUGUGAAUGGAGGUAAUUGUGCUGAGCUUGCUAAAAAAGAGGAUAUAGAUGGAUUUCUAGUGGGAGGUGCUUCAUUGAAGGGUCCUGAAUUCGGAACAAUCGUUAAUUCCGUUACUGCCAAGAAAGUCGCUGCUUGAAAUUUUUUCGGAGUUCCUGGUGUCAAGCACAAGAGGAAGGGUGACCCGUUUUGUUUUCCUAGCAACACUCCUUGGGGUUUUGUUCAGGGCCUUCUUCAAUGAUGGCAAGAAAAUAAUAUCCUUCUGUUUUAUUACUUUGCUAUAGAAUACUUGACCACAUAAAUGAUUGGAUCCAGAAUUUAUUCGCUUAAUAAGAGUUCUAGAUGCCAUUCUCGAUUUUUGAACUUU